AUGUCCCAAGUGCCCAAGCCCCACUUACCAUGCAGCAUCACAGAGAAGCCACACUGUGGGACACACCCGGAACCAUCGCAGCUCUUCAGUGACGAGGACCAAAUCAUAAUUUCCAGCAAAUGUUUCCAAUCGCCAGAGCACAAGUGGCAUGAGGCAUGUGGUAUCCAAGAAGCUGCUGAGUAUUAUAGGAAGUUAUUCCAGGAAACCCUGGUUACACUGAAGGAGAAGCUUGAAGCAGCUGCAUGCUUACUGGCUGAAGAGCGAGAGAGAAUGGUGACGAUUCAGGAAGAGGAGCAGAGCUUUAAAGAGAUGAUCGAGGCCGAUUAUAAGAUGAGAUUCCAGUUACUGACUGAGGGGAAGAAACUGCCGUUUUCAAAACUGCCAGGCUGCAAAUUUGACCUGAACUUAAACGGGCCUAACCAGAACCAGCUGAUGAAGUUUGAGCUCAUGCAGAAGUCUCAAAAAAUGCUACAGAGACUUAGCCUCCUGGGGAGCGAGAACAUGGGCAAACUGAAGGCGAGCGAAGCCUGGCUUUCUGAGCACCUCUGCAGCCUCCAGAAGAUCAUCACAGACCUAGAGCGGAGCUGUGGAGAAUCUGCCGUUGCACUGCUCCAGAAUGCAGAGUGCUACUUAAAAAGGAGUGAGUCUAUACUGCUUCAGAGCCUAGAGCCAGCUCAGAUAACAGACCUGAGCGCAUGCUGGAUAAUCGGGACAAGCAAUGUUCUCCUGAGGUUCCAAAGACAUGUUACUUUGGACCCAGACACAGCUCACCCCUCCCUAGUCUUAUCUGAAGACCUGAGACAUGUGGCAUUCCGAGACACACCAAAAACUGGGCCUGACACUCCAAGGAGAUUUGACUUCAGUGCUUCUGUGUUGGGUGCGGAGAGCUUCAACUCAGGGAGGCAUUAUUGGGAAGUGGCUGUGGGCCAGGCGACCCAGUGGCAGGUGGGCAUAUGUGACUGUACAGAGAGAAAGAACAGCAUUCCUGGGACUUCCGGAGAUAAAGUCUUGCUCAUGGGGUCCCUAAUGGGGACUGAUUGUACCCUCUGGGUCUUUCCCCCUUUAAGAAAGGUCUGGCUGAGAAAGCAAAUGUACAAAGUUGGAGUCUUCCUUGACUGUGAAUGUGGGCAAGUAUCAUUCUACAAUGUGACAGAGCAAUCCCUCAUUUACAGUUUCUCUGCCCUCACCUUCCGAGGAGCAGUUAAACCAAUAUUUUCUCUUUGUAUUACAAAUGGAGACAUGAGUUCAGACUCUCUCACUGUCUGUCCCCCUCAGACUCAUCCCUGA